GCACUUUUCCGAAACCGGACUAAGUUCAGACCACUUCUCAGUUAUUAAUAUUAUUACCAAAAGUGAAAGCCUAAAAUUUCCCAUUUUUUCUUUUCUUUUUCAACUUCACAAGGAAAAAAGUGAGAAAAAGCAUUGAAGGAUAAUAUUAGUGUUAGCUUAAAAAAAGAGCCGUAAUUUUUAGUUGUGUGAUUACCUUCGCUUCUUUUUCAAGCUUAAAUUUUUACGAUUCGAUUUGGGGUACUGCAAAUUUCUUCUUUGUUUUGUUCUUUCCCUUCACAUUCUCCGGUGAGAGAAAUCUGAGAAUUUGUAAAUUUUCUUCUUUUAGCAGCUUUUCCAAUCUGGGUACUGCAAAUUCCUACUAAAUCGUGCUCAAGAACCUUACUUGCGUAGAUCCUGAUUUAGCUCCAGGGUUUGCUUAGCUUUAUCAAAUCCUUGGUUCCUGAGCUUAUCCCAAGUUUGGUUAAAGUGGUUCUUUAGAGAUCUCUGUUUUUUUAGAUGCGUAAAAGUGGUUUCUUUGAGAUUUGAAAAUGAUGGAGAGAAAAAGAGAAAUGGGGAUUGCUCAUUUCGCGCGUAGGAUUAAACAACCACGAGGGAUUUGGGUGAAGAUGACGUUUAUAGUUGUUUUGGGUAUCUGCUUCGUCUUCUUCUGGUCCUUCUUAUCUUCCUCUGCUUCUUCUUUCAAUGUUCAGAGAGAAAGCUUCGACGAUAUAGCUGAACCAGUGUCAUCUCGCACUAAGUCAGCUCACGAGGUAUCUGAAUCUAGCAAAUUACAUGAGAGAGGUGAAGUUGAAUCUGGUUCAAAAUCUAAAGAAGGGAAAAAAGUUGGAGGUGGGUUUAUUCAUAAACAUGAAACCAAGAAAAAGAAAGAGCAUAUUGUGUCUCAUCCACAUAAGAAGAAGGAUGUACCAAAGCCUGUGGUAGAAGAAGUUGUGGUUAAGGAGGAUCAAGAACAUGAAGAGGCGGAAUCUGACAAUUCUGAUCAGUUUAAUAAGGAAGAUGGAGAAGAAGGAACUGAGUCAGAUGGCAAUGAAGGAGAAUCUGAUGGAAAUGGGGAUGAUUCAAGUGUAUCAGUUGAUGAAGAAGUGGAAGAAAAGAACGAGGAAGUAACUGUAACCGAAAUAAGUAAAAAGAGGAAGAGGAAAGGUCCGGUUUUUGAUCCUAAAGCUGAGUAUAGCUGGAGAUUGUGUAACACUAGGAGCAAGCACAAUUAUAUGCCAUGUAUUGAUAAUGAUGGGUUAAUAGGGAGGCUUCAGAGUUAUAGACAUAGAGAGAGGAGUUGUCCUAAGAAACCAGUUAUGUGUCUUGUUCCUCUACCACAUGAUGGCUAUGAUCCUCCUAUUUCCUGGCCUGAGAGCAAAUCUAAGAUAUUGUAUAAGAACGUGGCACAUCCAAAGUUGGCUGCAUAUAUUAAGAAGCAUAAUUGGGUGAAUGAAACCGGUGAAUACCUAACUUUUCCACAGAACCAGACUGCGUUCAAUGGAAAUGUUCUACAGUACCUUGAAUUCAUUCAAGAGAUGGUACCAGAUAUUGAAUGGGGAAAGAAUGUUCGUAUAGUAUUGGACAUUGGAUGCUCAGAUUCAAGUUUUGUAGCUGCAUUGCUGGAUAAGGAUGUUUUGACAGUGUCUCUAGGCUUAAAGGACGAUCUAGUCGACUUAGCACAGGUCACUCUUGAGCGCGGGUUUCCUACUUUAGUCAGCUCUUUAGCAAGUAGAAGGCUUCCUUUUCCUAGUGGAGUCUUUGAUACCAUUCAUUGUGCUGCUUGCAGAAUCCACUGGCAUUCUCAUGGUGGUAAACAUCUUCUGGAGAUGAACAGGAUUUUAAGGCCUAAUGGAUACUUCAUUUUGUCAAGUAAUAAUGACAAGAUUGAGGAUGAUGAAGCGAUGACUGCAUUGAUAGCUUCUAUUUGUUGGAAUAUUCUUGCACACAAAACCGAAGAAGCAAGUGAAAUGGGAGUGAGAAUAUAUCAGAAGCCAGAAUCAAAUGAUAUUUAUGAACUGAGAAGGAAGAUAAACCCACCUCUUUGCGAGGACAACGAAAACCCAGAUGCAGCCUGGUAUGUGCCGAUGAAAACAUGUAUACAUGAAAUACCGUCGGCUAUAGAACAGCAUGGAGCAGAGUGGCCUGAAGAAUGGCCAAAGAGACUUGAAACAUACCCUGAGUGGUUAACCAGCAAAGAGAAAGCCAUUGAAGAUACAAAUCAUUGGAAUGCUAUGGUAAACAAAUCUUACCUCACUGGAUUAGGCAUCGACUGGUUACAAAUCCGGAACGUGAUGGACAUGACAGCAAUCUAUGGCGGAUUUGCGGCAUCACUGGUGAAGCAAAAUGUGUGGGUAAUGAAUGUAGUGCCUGUUCAUUCACCAGACACACUUCCUUUCAUAUACGAAAGAGGCCUGCUCGGUAUAUACCAUGAUUGGUGUGAAUCAUUUGGAACAUAUCCAAGAUCUUAUGACCUUCUUCAUGCUGAUCAUCUCUUUUCGCGGCUCAAAAACAGGUGUAAGCAACCGGCUUCGAUCGUGGUGGAGAUGGAUAGAUUGACAAGGCCUGGAGGUUGGGUGGUUGUGCGUGACAAAGUGGAGAUAUUAGAGCCAUUGGAAGAGAUAUUAAGAAGCUUGCAUUGGGAGAUUCGAAUGACUUAUGCUCAAGACAAAGAAGGAAUGUUAUGUGCCCAAAAGACAUUGUGGCGUCCAUGAUUUUUUUACUUUUGUUACUGUCUGUCUGUACAUCAUCUAUCAGCGGUUACAGUCGAAUUAUUUGUAUACAUCUUCAUCUUUUACACAACCUGUCUAGGUCUUGUUUGUUGUCGGAAAACAACACGGCGUUCUCUUGACGAUUUAACAAAAUGUACAAACGGAAAUCAUUGUGUCCAAAUAUCAGCUUUUGUAAAAA